AUGGCCUACUCAGAUGCCGAAAGCAUAAGCGGAAACCAGAACGGGAAUUCAAAUCAUAAAUCCUGCAAAUCGCUGCUGGUGACGCUUGCAUAUCUCCCCUCCUCUCUUCUUUCUCGUUCGAGUUCAGAAGCCACCGAAUGGCGCCAGAAUAUACCUCAUCUCUCUCACAAUGGAAUUAAUGACAAGGAUCUGGCUCACAUCCAGAAUGAAACUCUCAGUUUUGAACAUAUCUAUGCUAUUGGCAUGAAAGGGCGAACCGACAAGCGUGACUUCCUGGAUGUCGCAGCCUCAGUCACGGGCUUCAGAGUGGAUUGGCUCGAAGGAGUCAGGCCAGAUGAGUUGAAGCAGAAGGCAAUGCCUAAUGGGUUCACUAUCUCAGCCACUAAGCCUGGAAUUGCUGCGUGUUGGCGCGGCACACAUGAAUGCAUUGGUCAAGUUAGAGCCAUCCUCUCCAGAUAUAAGUCUAGCUUUACUGAGCAGAAACUAAUAUUGAACCCAUUCAAGAUCGUCGAGAAUUCCUACUCGAGUGCCUUGAUCUUUGAAGACGGUGCCGAUUGGGAUGUGAACAUCAAGUUACAGCUACACGAAUUCGCCCGUGGAUUACAUCCAUUACAAGGAAAUGAGAAGGUGUCUCCAGAACACCCCUAUGGAACCGACUGGAAUGUCCUCUGGAUUGGAGGAUGUGGUUCGGCCCCGAAAAAUAACGAGACCCAGUUCUACGCUAUUCCCAACGACCCUACACUCCCAAGUCACCAACACCGAGCUUGGGACCUCGGUGGGCCUCUCGAUAGCUGGAGAGAACAGUUCCCGAAGACUCCACACGCUUUGCAUUCCGCGCAGAGGCGGUUUGCUGCUUAUAUGGUUAUGCUGUACUGUGCGGAAGCCUGGCUGGACGUCGACAGAUUGACUGCUUUGCCACUUUCCCCCAAACUCAUUGGAACAUAUAGGAAAGCGGGCCCGGCUUCUAAAGACUCGGAAAUCGAGAGCUAUGAUGAGAACGAGUUCCAUGAGGAGGCAUCCAAUUACGUGAUGUGUACCCGGCGCAACAUUCAUCCCUUGGUUGCGGGUGAAGAGACUGUUUGUGCACAAUGGGACGAUGUUCCAUGGGCGGACGCACAAAUUAAUCCCAAGGACUUGAUCUACGCUCAAGGGUUUCUGGUCAACUGA